CUCCUCUAACAAUCCAGAAUCUUCGGCCCUCACAACUUUCACGGUCAUCGAUUCGCGUGGACGCCGACGUGCAAUGCACCCUCCCUGACUCCAAAGUCGGGCUCUAUCCUCAUCAUCGCAAGCAUUCGUGACUUCCGUCGCGUCUCUCGAAAUCGAGCAUCGAUCGCGUACUCUGUCUUGUCUCCCUCUGCAGGUCCGCCUCCUCAUCAUCGAUCCACCACACGCAGUCCCCUGCGCACAUAUCAUUGACGAGUACGAUCGCAUCCGAGCGGCCCCUUGAGCGCUCGCUUAACGCCGCGAUGGACGCGAAUUCGCUAAGUGCGUUGCUUAGCGAGUCCACCACCACCUUGACAGCUUUGCACCACAAGCUAGGAGCGCCUAAAGAGGCUCUCGCUUCGACACUCGAAGAGCUUCGCGAUGCCUUGCAAGCUGCUGUGGAUGCCCAGUUGAAAAAGGCCAGAGCUGAUGUGGAAGAGAAGGAAGACAGAUGCAGGGAGUUGGAAGUGAGCAUCACGGAGCACAAAGAAGCUCUGGGAAUGGACUCGACGUUCAAAAAUGGCGCGGAUCAGGCCUUGAUACCUCGGCUUGAGGGGCUGGAGGUCCAACUGGGCGAUGUGCGCAAGGAGCACGACUCUCGCACCGCUCAGGCGCUGUCUCUACAAGGUAGACUGUCGGCAUAUACGCCCCUUUUGGACUCGUACAUGCCAUCCAUUCCCGCCAAGCCCAAGCGUAGCAAAGCGCGUCGAUCAUCACGUCACUCGCCAGCGUCCAAUCGCGAUGGCGAGGUCGCUGCUAGCAGCCUGGACUACUUGCCUCUUUCUUAUCUUGCCGAGCUGACCGACUCUCUGAGAGCGGCAGAGCAAGAGCACUCGACACGGACCGAAGAGUUGAGAGAGCAUCUGCUCGCCAUUUUGCACCAAUGGUCAGAGCUAUGCAUCAUGCCGACGCUCAGCGACGAGGCUGGUCAAGCUACUUUUGAAUCGCGCAUCUUAUCGCACUUGAGACUCCGAGUCACGCCUCCAAGCGAUGAAGAGAUAUGGGAGGGAGCGUUUGAGUCCAUCUCGGAUAUUGACGACGAUACGCUCUCGCCCUCUGCGACGCCCACCAACAGCAUGCGUGUGGGGUCUUCGUCCAUGCAACCUUCGCACGUCUUAGCUCCCAACCCAAGCAACGUGAAGCGCGCUGGUGAGCUCAGGCAGGCACUGGAGGCUGAAAGAUUGAAGAGAGAAGCCAGAAUUCAAGAACUUUACGACGAGCUCUUUGUGCUUUGGGAGCGCUUCGGAGUGUCCGAGGCCGAGAUGGAAGAGUUUGUGCUGGCCAACUCGGGCUCCACGGAUGCAUGCAUACAAGCUUACGUUUCCGAGCUGGGCAGCAUGAGAGAGCUCAAAGCGCAGAAUAUGGCAGCCUUCAUUGGUGGUAUUAGAGAGCGAAUCGCCAAGCUGUGGGAUGAGCUGGCCAUGUCUACCUCUGAGCGCCGCGCCGCUUUCCCAUCGUUCUUCGUUGAUCUAGAUGAUGGAUCCGGCACAGGAAUAAUUCCCAGCGAUGAGCUUCAAGAAGCGCACGAUGUGUACGAGAGGAUGGCAAACCAAGAGUUGGAUCGCAAAGCGCCGUUAUUGAAGAUGGUCGCCCGGUAUCAGGACCUGAUCGCAGAGGGCGAGGCGCUGGAGAAAGCGGCGCAAGAUCCUCAAAGGCUGAAAAAGACUAGACCGGGCCAGUUAUUGGAAGAGGAAAAGAUUAGGAAGAGAGUCAAAGUGUUGAAGCCAAAGUUGGAGGACGAGCUGCUCAGGACGAUACCGGGCUGGGAAGAGGAGACUGGCAGAGCAUUCAUGAUCGAUGGUCAGCGAUUCGUCGAGAAGCUUCAGACCGCUGCUGCUGAACAAGCGACAGCAUCGACUCGCAAACGCACGCGAACGAUAUCGACAUCCAGCUCGGCGAGCGAAUCAGGGCCACCCCUGAGCUCCUCGUCGGCUGCCAAUCGUAUUGCCGCAACGCCGAUGCGAGCGGUUUCAAAUGCCAAGCGAGCGCGUCUCGGCAGCAGCGUUGGACCAUCAGGGCCGGGAAGUGUGAGGGCCACCCCUGCAACUGCCACCCGUCGUGGCCAGACCAUCAACAGUGCUGCUAGCAGCAUCGCCCGUCCCGCUGCUGCUAUCACUCAUGCCAAUACGAGGAUACCUAGCACUUCAAGGAUCCCGGCUCCUCCAUCCUCACCAACUCAGAACAGGCAAGGAGCGACGCAAAAGACUGGACCUGCGUUUGCGCUGGCCUCCAAAGACGCUCCUAGACCUUCAUUCAGGGCUCAACACAGCUUCAGACCUAGACCUUCGACAGCUGGCAAUGUCUUCUUUGCUGGUGCUAGAGCACCCUCUGGAAGCAUGAAUGAUGCCGCAACGCAAGGCGCAUCUCAAGCUGGCAUGUCGCAAGUAGGACAAGGUUCCAGCAUGGGCAUGCCUCGAUCCACUUCGGACCACAGCAUUGCUGGUAGCGAAGCGACGGUAGUUGUGCACCGACCAGGCGCGAACGUCGGACAGGACAGAGGAGCGCGCAGAAGAGGUCCGCGUCCUUCGAGCGCAUUAGUCAACAAUUUGGCGUCCAAGACCAAGUACGCUCGUCCGAGCAUUGGGAGUUUGGGAGAUGCACCUUCGAUCAGAACCGUCAGCUCCGAAAGAGUUUCGUACAGAAUCCCUAGCGGUGGAUACGCACCUGCCGGACCCAACUGGGCCGUGCUUGAUGAAGAUGACGAGGACGUAUUCGAAUCUCCUGAGCACGGCGCUGGCGCUGUCUCCCAACAUGCUUGAACAAAUUCGGGUGGUCGUUGAGGCAUACUUUCCUGCUGACCUCCGAGGUCCAUUGAUCAACUUCACGCCCAAGCUCGAAGCUUGACCACCUUCUUACGCUCCGCUCUCGAUCUUUGACCUUGCAUUCUAUUACGUCCCAAUUUUCUGUACGACGCGGUUUGAUGCCAGCAAGCCUUGUAAUACUAUAGCCCUCUCGAGCUUCAGUC